AUGUGCUGUCAAUCAGGAGACAUUGCGAUCUGGCAACACCAGAACACGCUGUUCACUGCAGUGGAAAUUAUGCCUUCUGAAAAAACCCUUCAGUUUAUUCGACAGGCCUCUCUGUUAUACAAGGACAACUGUCCAGAGCAGUCACGAUUCUUCAUGCAAAGACAUCAGAUGGAGGUCCCAGAUGUCCCAGAGACUGUAGUCUGUCCGUUCUGUUUCCAGUGGCGACAGCCGGACAACCACCGUGUGCGGCUGCGGCCCAAACGAAAGCCCUCCGUGCGGAUCCAGCAGCUCCUCAGAAAGGAGGCAGCAGGCAGGAGACUCAGCCUGGAGCAGAAAGACAUCCUCCGGAGAUUCAGGAACUCCUCCAACACUCUGAUGGCCACCUGCAACACAUGUAGCAAAACGUCCAGACGUGCUGGAGUGAACAGGGACUUGUUGGCAUCUCUGUCAAAGAGCAGCCAGAACACUCCUGCAAGCAGCGGCAGACGCAAAGCCCACUACCAGCCUCUAAACAGUGGCAUCGCGACCACCCCAAAGUCUGGCUCCGGUGCAAAAACCCCUAACGGCACGCCAAGGUCCAUAUCUUCUGAAAGCACAGGCUCCUCCGCGUCAAAGUCGGGCAGCGUGAAAAAGUCUGCUUUCUCUCGCCUCAAGAAGCUCCUGAUGGUAGAUGACAACCAAAAGAGUGAGAAGAGGGGACUGAAGGACUUCUUAUCCUCCCUCUGA